AUGGACAUGCCCGUCAACGUCCCCGUCGACGACCCCAACGCCGACACCGAAUGGAACGACAUCCUCCGCAAACACGGCGUCAUACCAGAGAAGCCUCCAUCGCCGACCCCCAUGAUCGAGGAAGCCCUGACCGAAGCGCGCCGCCUCGCGCACGAAAACCGCCUCGAAGGCAAAGACUUAGAAGAGUUGGAUGAGCUAGAAGACGAAGAGGACGAAGACUUUCUGGACUCGUACCGGCAGAAGCGGAUGCAGGAGCUCUCCACGAUCCAGAACGCGAGCGUGUACAACCAAGUAUAUCCUUUGGCGAAACCGGACUGGACGAAAGAAGUCACCGACGCCUCACAUAAAGCCUUCAUAUUCGUUUUGUUAACAGCCUCCAACACGCCUUCCCGCCUUUUAGAAGGCGUGUGGAGGGAUCUGGCGAGGAAGUGGGGGGAUGUGAAGUUCUGCCAGAUGCGAGGGGAUUUGUGUAUCGAAGGGUAUCCGGAGCGGAAUUGUCCGACGGUUCUGGUGUAUAAGGAUGGGGAUGUGCGGAAGACGGUUGUCGGGUUGGGGGAGUUGGGAGAGGAGAAAGUUGGUGUCUCCAAUAUCGAAGGGGUGAUGAUUGAGCUUGGGGUCGUGAAGAGGGAGGACGCGAGGCUUAAGAGGAAGGGGGAGGGAGAUAGUGGAGAGGUGGGGGAUGGAGAGAGGAGGGGGUUAAGGCAGGGCGGGGUGGGACGGGGGUUGGGGGAUGACGAGGAUAGUGAUUGGGACUGA